UUAUAGGUUUUAUGUAAGUUUCAGUUUUCAAGUGGCCGCAAAAUUCCACAAAAUCUGAUAAUUUUUCUUUUUUUUCAACUUUAAAAAUCCUUUUUUUGCCGCCAAUCUAUUUUUAUCAUAACAACCUCUUCCUUAUCAGUAUCCUGUUAUAGUUUUCCCUGUUCCAAUAACUGUAUCUUGCUAUUGAAAUCUUCUUACCUCUACUACUACUACCACUACUAUGGCAGCUUCAGUACCAGUUAUAGUUUCUCAUUCUAAGUUUUAUUACAAUAAUAACGAAUCAUCAUCAUCAUCCACAAACACUUCAUCGGCAAAAUCUUCAACUCCAUCAACUGCUACUACCACUUCCAAUAAAUCUACUACUACGACAACAACUUCUACUGCUAAUCCAACUACUACUACCCCUUCGCCCAUUGAUACUAUUUUCUUACAUGAAUUGCCAUUUUUCCCUCAUCAUAAUUCAGAUCCAAUUCUUAAUUUAUCCGCUGAUGAAUUAUUAUUGAAUGGUUUUCAAAGUUCAAAAUUAAAUAUGGAUGGAUUUAUUAAUUUUCAUCAUUUGAAAUUAUGUUCAUCAAAUGCUAAACAAAUGGCCAAAUAUUUAAUUUUAUCAAUGGGAUUUAAAGAAAUUGCUUAUAAGGGAUUAGAAAAUGAUUCAAGAUUAGUUGGAUCUCAUGUUAUUUCCAAUGGAGAUGUGAUUCUUGAAAUUGUUAAUACUUUAGAAACUAUUGAAGAUGAUAAUGUAUUGAAAUUACCUUAUUUUCAAAAGGAUUUAUUAAAAUUUAAAGAAAUUAAUAAUUUGAAUUAUUUAAAUGAUUUUAAAAUUUCAAUUGAUGAUUUAGUAUUUGAUUUUGUUAAUAAUAGAAUUGAAAGUUUUUCACAUCAUAAUACUACCAAUAAUAAUAAUAAUUCAAAGAAUAUUAGUUUUAACUUGGGUAAAAAGAUUUAUCAUAAGAUUUUGAAUUCCAAAAACUUUAAAAAUUCCAUUGAUGAAUAUAAUAAUUUUAUUUUAAAUACAAUUAAUAAUUCAGAAUUAAUUUAUAAUGAUAUUAUGGAAUGUUCUUUAAUUCAAAAGUUUUUAAAAACUCAUUGUGAAGGAGUUAUGGAUAUUUCAUUUUUAGUUGAAAAUGUGGAUCAAAUCUUUGAAAAAUCAAUUAAAGCUGGUGCUGGUAUAAUUCGUUUACCUCGAAUUAUUGAAGAUAAAAAUGGUUCCAUUAAAUUAGCUACUAUAACUAUUCCAAAAACUGAUAUUCAACAUACUUUAAUUCAAAAUAUUAAUUAUACUGGGUCCUUUUUACCAAAUUAUUCUAAUUCCAUUAAUCAUAGUGAUAAUAAUAUUGAAUUGAAUUUAUUAUUACCUAAAGUUCAUUUAACUUGUAUUGAUCAUUGUGUUGAAAAUUAUUCUUGGAAUCAAAUGAUGUAUCAAGCCAAUUUUUAUGCUAAAAUGUUUGGAUUUCAUAAAUUUUGGUCAGUUGAUGAAAUGGAUGUAUUUACUGGUGAAACUGCUUUAAGAUCAAUUGUUAUGGCUUCAAGCAAUGGAAAGAUUAAAAUGCCAAUCAAUGAACCUGCUAAAGGUAAAAAGAAAGGUCAAAUUGAAGAAUUUAAUGAUUUUAAUGGUGGACCUGGUAUUCAACAUAUUGCUUUAAGAACAAAUGAUAUUAUUUCAACUGUUAGUUCAUUAAAUCAAAGAGGGAUUGAAUUUAAUGUAACUUCACAAAAAUAUUAUCAAACUUUAGAAGCAAGAUUAAUUAAAGAUGAUAUUAAAUUAAAAGAAGAUUUUCAAAUUUUAAAAAGUUUAAAUAUUUUAGUUGAUUAUGAUCCUUCAACAAGACAAAAGAAAACCAAACUUUGUAAUUAUAUAUUACAAAUAUUUACAAAACCUUUACAUGAUCGUCCAACUUUAUUUAUUGAAAUUAUUCAAAGACAUCAUCAUAAUGGAUUUGGUAAAGGAACUUUUAAAGGUUUAUUUGAAACUAUUGAAGAACAACAAAGAAUUAGAGGUACUUUAGUACCAAUUGAUGAAGAAUAAACGUUAGGUUUAUUCAUUGUUUGUUUUAUUUGUUUAUAUAUAGAAGUAUUUAUAUAUGUCUCUCUAAUCAACAUUAAAAAUAUUGUUUAACUUUAUUUGUGUUAACCGCCAAAAGUUUAAAGUUUAAAAAAAGGAUUUUUGUACACUCAUUUUGCAACAUAGUUAGAACAAAAAAAAAUGUACAGGGGCUCAUAAAUUAUAUUUCAAAAUAUACAUAUACUUAUAUUUAUAUAAAAGAAAGUAAUAGACAAAAAGAAAUUUACAAAGUACAGAAUAACAAUAAAAAA